AUGGAGCAAUGGUUCAACCUCCAGAAUGAGGUCCUGGAGCAUCUGCAGAAUGACGAGGUGGAGAAGUUCCCGCAUGUACGAUUGAACAGUCAGGGUGUAAAAGAGACGGAGGUGAAUGACCUACGACCCCGUCAAGCACCAACAAGCUCCGCCACACCCGUCUACUCUGCGAUCCCGACGUUCAUCCCCCCUCCAAAGCAAGACAUCACUCCAGAGCUACUCAAUCAAUCAUUGAGCGUUCAACCACAGAACACUGCAACAGUCAGCUCCAUCAUACCUUACUUCAGGGAAAAUGUGUUGCGAAUCUACAUGCAGUUGAAGGGACUUGUUGCGGAUACUCUUGUGGUCAAUGCAAGUGCUUCACUUCCCUGCAGUGGCAUUGGACUUGACCCUGAGCCGAAAAUUGCUAUUGUGCCAAAGGUAGUCCAACAGGGGCAGGGCCAGCCCCAGGUCCAGGUCGCCGACUGCCAGUGCAUAGCUGUCAACAUGUACAUCCCCAAUGUGAUUACCUACUGGAUACAGAAGCUUUCAGACGGCACCAUUUACUCAUUGACUGGUAGCAACACGGUGAUCGAUAUCGACCAGAUGAACACGACCCAGAGCACAGCAUUGAGCAUUGUCACACUGACUGUUGGGAGGGCAAAACGUAGCGCAGCAAACACCCUGGAAUACGUGCAACCAGAGAGGCGCCAAAUUUUCGGCAUUCAAUGCGACAAACCUUGUCCAUUUUACCAUAUGCAUGUCAUCAAGAGUACCGAUGGCUACUGCGGGUGCAUUUUCAAUGGCGCAGACAAAGAGAUGGAACUUUCUUCAAGAGGCAUUACAGCACCUGACAUCAACACUGCAACCAUGACUGAGGCGGCUUGCAAGGCCAUGACGUGUUACAAUAAUGACAACAAACCAGCUGUCUUCAACCCAUUCAGCCUGACUUGCUGGUGCAACACCCCGCCUACUAUCGAGUCCAACCCAAACGCAUGGAGUCCGAAUGCUGGAUUGAAAUGAGCUGAGGAGGCUGUUUGAAGAAUGCAAAUGGGUUACUGUACUAUCAUAAGAGACGAACAUCGGAACCUACCCCUCCUGCAUACCAUUCGAUUGGGUCAGCCUACAUGCCUGUUGAAUUGGGGGACUCUAGGAUCAAUGAGUUGGGAAGAGGUUUGUGAGAUUCGGUUGGCUACGACUCGGAUCCUUUUGACCAGACAAUGUCUUGACCCUGGAGAUGAACUGUGAUGGAUCAGCGUGCUGAAAACAUUGAGAAACGGGCAACAAAAGUCCAUAGGCC